GCUUCAUACCGUAGUCAUUGGCGACGUUUCGGUGUGAUUGCAUCUCGCGUCGCGACGCCCCUUCACUGAUUUACCGAUUAUUGAUAGGAGCUUGCGAGUUGUGCACUUUGCGUCAGCUGUUGCAACUGCAAAGCUCCGCUAGCUUAUAACUGGAUUGCCAAGUAUAAUGCUGUGAACUUGUGGCACAUAAUGGAGUUUCCUGCUGUCCUGCUGACACUCCUGCUGAGCAAAGCUGUAAUUUCCUUAGGAGAAGAUUGCACUACAGGCUUUUCUGUAGUGGCUCCCGAACUAGCCGUACCUGGAAAAACGACAGCUGUUCUGGUAACUCUACACGGUCCAACGAGUCUCCGACCUCUCAACGUUACCCUCCGGCUCCUUCCAGAUGCUCAAAAAGGGACAAACCAACAACUCGUUGAAACCACUCAGGAAAUAAGAGGGCACGGCAUCUUGCCCUUGGAGGUACCAUUAGAAGCGUCAGGAAGCUACGUGCUCCAGACAUUAGUAAACUGCACCGGAAACGACCGCUGCGAACUACAAAGCUCGUCCCAAAUGAGACUUGUCGGACCUGUCAGGGACGUCAUUAUUCGUCCUGCCAAGCAUGCCUACAGGCCUGGAGAAACCGUGUCUUUCUGGGUCUUAGCGCUGGAUCAUGAUUUGCAGAUCGCGUCUGGAGCUAUUGGAAGUGUUAGCAUUAAAGACCCAGCUGGCACUAAAGUCGCACUUUGGGAUCAAGUGGCUUUAGAUGAAGGAGUGAAAGCGUUCACAUUGCCGUUGUCGGAGAACGUGAAUUCUGGCAGGUGGUUGCUUCACGUCGAGGUGGAAUCUGCCGAAUUUUCCGCACCUAUCGAGAUAGCUCCGGGUGCGGGAAAUGGACUUCCUGAUGUUGCAGCCGCCGAAGAGCAUUACGUUGAAUUGCGUUUUGGGAGGGAAAUGAGGCGCAGCUAUAAGCCAGGCUUACCGUUCGCUGGAAAGGUGGAAGCAAUGAGCACGGAAAAAUCGGUUCGUGUCCGUGUCAAAGUGUACGACAACACCACUUCAAUAUACAGCCAGGAUAUUGAAAUAUCCAACGGUGAAGGCACUUUUGUCGUUCCCGCUAUCUUGGCUGACAGCAAUAUUAUUGCAUUGCAGGCGGAGCUAGUAUCAGUCGACAGUAAAGAAAUUGAAAGCCAUUACGUGCUGGCGCGGGAACCAAUCCAUAAAUGGAACUCAUCUUCGGAUUGUUAUCUCCUGAUUGAAGGGGUCGAGCACACCCUCCAGCCGGAAGAGGAAGCUCACGUCGCCAUCCUCUCCACGUGUCCUUGCGAACGUGACCUGCAUUAUGUCAUCACCACCGACGGCCGGGUCACCGACUGGGCGCAGCGGCGCUAUGAAGACCCUGUUCCUCCCGCCACUUCCGCUUCCGCAGGAGCCGUUUGUCGUCUUAAUUUCAGCUUUACGGUACGAUCUGUGAUGGCUCCCGUUAGUCAACUUCUCGUUUACUAUGUAACUCCCCAAGGGGAGCCCGUCAGUGACGUAAUUAGUUUUGAUGUGAAGUUGCUACAUAGGCAGGUGUACGUGAAUUUGGAGGAGCGAGAAUAUUGGUUACCUGGACAAUCUCUGGAUUUGGAAGUGGUGGCAGAGCGUUCCUCCCUCGUGUGUCUGCUAGGAGGUCGGUCAGGAGGCAACGGGGACGUGAAGUUCGACCCUCGAAUUAGCGAAGAAAGAGAGCCGGCAACGGUCGCCGGCGAAAUUGACUUCCUGGAAGCGGGAGUUUCCUUCUUUCAGCGACAAUGCGUGAAAAGGGGCAAUUCGGGAAUCUCUGCCGUGUCCUACAGACAAAGGGGCUCCGGUGCAGGGCCGUCCAACAGAAGGAGGCCUCCUGAAAGCCUGGUGGGAGGAGCGCCGUUCGAUCAACUUUGGCUCUGGAAGUGCUUUAAUUAUUCGUCAGAAAUUGCUUCCACCGGACUGACUAUUUCGGCGCCUCAAGAAGCCGGUAAAUGGUCUCUGUGGGCUUUAACCGUGUCCAGCAAUGGUCUGAGAUUUUCUUCGUCCGUAAACGUCCAAGUUUUCCGACCUCUGCAGGCGGAAUUCCAUUUACCUCCCAGUUUGAGAGUUCGCGAAACUUUGGAAGUCGACAUUAAGAUUGGAAAUAACAUAAACUCCUGCAUGGACGUGACAGCACUAUUAGCCUUGAGCGAAGGAGCGCAAUUCCUAAGUAACGGAUUACUCUACGUUACUGAAAGGCUUCGCUUGGGUCCACAUGGUGCUACAUCUUUAGUUGUCAGACUCUUAGUGACAACUCCAGGUGUGAAAAAUAUGACAGUGGAAGUAAAUGGUUACACGAGUCCUUCUUGCGAAGGCACUGAAAAACCGGGAAACACAUCUCUAGCAGGAGCUGUGCUUCGUUCAGCUACAAUUAAGGUCUAUCCCGAAGGAAUUGUGAGAACAGACACCGAGAGCGCUUAUUUUUGCGCCAACGAAAACUUGGUAAUUUCCACCGCCGACAAAUAUAAAUAUGAAUGGGUAGCGGCGCCGCGCAAUCACGAGGGUAUAGUUCUGGAGCUGAAAGCCGGAGUAUCUAAGCGAAUCGGCCCAAUUCACAUUGCGCUCGCUGAAAGCCGCUCCCCUUCUGAUAAGAUGUAUCGCUUAACCAUCGGCGAUGUGAACAACAUGAUUACAUGGAUAGGCCGAGGCAAACACGGAUACGGCGUUCAAUUAACAAGAGUGGAAACGCCGGGAAUCUUAUCGGAGGAUGAAUGGUGCACGUUCUGGAUCACGUGGGAGAAGAACACUAUAGCUUUCGGAAAUGGCUCGAUUCCCCACAACAAUACUUUACUCAAGUGGAGGAUGGACAAGAAGAUUAAAAUACAACAAGUGGGUUUUGCCUCGUCAUGGGGAAGCUCAGCAGAGUUCAGAAUAUGGAAUUUCAACGAAGAGGCUGGCUUUUCCCAAGUUCUACAUUUAGACACUCCGAAAUCGGUCGUUCCUGGUUCCGAAUGGGGAAAGUUGCUUGUAGCAGGAGGCUUAGCUUUACCAGCCAUAAACAAGAAAAUCGAAGGUGGUGGACUUUCCGGUGCUUUGGCAGCUUUAACUCCGCUUUUAACUUUGCAACACCUUGGCAAGAAAGCCAACAAGACCGAACGCUUACAAGCUUUGCAGAGUUUACCGGGAGAUAUACAAGACAUCCUGUCGUAUCGCAAAGUGGACAACUCGUUCAGCGAGCACCAAAUGCUGGGCAGUCACACGGCCACAGUUUCAAUCUUGGAAGCUUUGACUAAAGUCCAGAGUUAUUUCAAUAUCGAUCCGGAUUUGAUUCAAGCCAUCAAGCGCUGGGUGCAACUGCGUCAGGAAGAUGACGGCCGUUUCUCUCCACUUCCUGCAGACGUCAAGUUUCCCUCGUCAAAACAGACCGAUUUUAUGCGAAAGAACUUAAGUUCGGAGAUUGCUCUCCUCGAGCACGUUAUCGAAAUUACCGCCGACACUGUAGUCACUUUGUACGAAAUCGAGAUCGAAAACGAUGCUGAUUCGGAGACACUGCAAAAAGCCAAGAUUUUCCUGGAGAACAGCCUCCCAAAACUGCAAACUCCCGAAACGAUCGCUGUUGUCGCCCUAGCACUGGUUCUAGUCCGCAGUGCAACCGCCUCGUGGGCGAUCGAAAAGCUGCGGAAUGUGUCCACCACCGAGGACGGCGAGUUCGGAUGGCCACAUUUAGUCCCGCGAAGAGAUGCGGCUGAUUGGUUGUACGAGUCCGAAUCGGAAAAAACAUUAAAAGAGCCGUUAGCGACGACUCUGGACGAGUACAAAGCCUCGCUUCACGCUUUAUCCACUUUUUGCAUAAUCGGAGAUUUGAAAUUUGCCGAAAGUGUAGCUCGGUAUUUGUUUUAUCGAUCUCAUAUGCUCGAUAAACACCCCGAGUUGUUGUACCAAGCUGUGAAAACUUUUACACAGUACGAUUUAUUGGCCAAGGAUCGGCAUCGCGCUUUAACUGUCUCAUUGGCAACUUCGGGAAUGGAACUCACAGACACUUUGGAACUUAAACCAGAUAAACCGCCGCAAAGUCUUCAUUUGCCGAGCCUUCCCACCAAAGUUUUUGUCUACGCCACCGGAGCAGGAUGUGCCACAAUCCAGGGAAAAGUAUCGUAUUCGACAUAUUCCGUGAAACGCGCGACUCCGCUCCUUGAACUUUGGUCGGGUGUAGUUCAGGAGAUUCUCCCCGACCGCAGUUCAGUCGAAGAAAUCGAAGGCAAACUCCCGAUGCUUAAGCUCAAGACAUGCUUUAGAUGGAAAGGAAAAACCCCAUCGGGAAUACUCCGCUUAGAAAUCUCCCUUUUUUCAGGCUUCGAGCUCGCAACCACUCCACCACAAUUACUAAAUCCUCCCGAAGACAUGUCCGAAAUGCAGCAUAACUUCCACGAUAACAAGCUGUGGUUCAUUUUUGCCAAUAUCUCCACUCUGUGUCCUGUUUGCGUCCAAUACAUGGCCCGCAGCGCCUUUGUGAUCUCAUCCCUCCGUCCAGCUUACGCGAAAGUUUAUCCCGCUGGCAGACAAGAUCUAGCCGCUGAAACAUUCUUCCACACGAAAAUCGGAAGCAACUUACUCAAGUCGAUAACCGAAGACGAUCUAAUCACUUGGUUUGGCAAAAACAGAACGGAUAUUAGCGAGCCAUAUUUCCAAUUUCCACAAAACUGUAUUAGAGAAGUUUCGACAACUACUUCCACCACCACAAUAAGCACCACCACGGAUAAUCCCCCAGUUCCAUCACCGAAGCUGGAAGUUUUAAGCGUGGCCACUUACACAAUCAAUGUCGAUAACCAGUCCAUUUCGAAUAUUAAUGACACGGAAAAACACAAGUCCACUGCAACUCCAAUGAUUGAAGAAAACGCGAUACCUCACCACGAGGAAGAGAAAACUUUGAAGAAGAAGAGUCGGAGCAUCACGGGCAAAAAUUUGCAAAGCACAACCGUUCCAGAUCACGUCGUGACAGAAUCGAUUACCACGGUCUCAACUCCGAGUGAAGUGACGACAAAAUUAGCUGAGAAAGAACUCGUGGUGGACAAGAACGUGUCGCCCCCCAGACAUGUAAACACAGUCAUCCACAACAGCCCCAUAAAAUACAUAGAGAAAGAUGCGAAGCACUCCGAGGAGUCUUUAGCGACAUUCGCUCCCGAAAUAAAGAAUGAUCAAUACGUGCUGUUAGAUAAGGAGGAGCUCUGGGGGAUGCUAAAGGAGGUUGUUGAUGACCAACUUAAAAAGAAAACGAGUUCGAAGAUAGUCGACGGCGAGAAGCUCCGCAGCCAAGGCUUCACGUAAUUAUUUGUCCCACAUUUUUGAACAAGAAUACGUGUUGUGAUUAGAAUAACUGAUCUCGUUUACGAUUGUAAAUUGUACAUAUAAUUAGUGCUGGGUUUAUUGAUCGGGAUGCGGAUUCUGCUUGGAAAUUUAUGUAGAUUAAACCACAAUUAGCAAUAUUUGUAAGUGUCUUUUGGUAUCAAAAUCAAUUACAAUCAACAUGAUUGGCCGCAAUGUGGUGCGGUGGAAGUGGGUAAUUUGUCAGCACGGAUUUAUAUCAACACGGGCUGGUGCCAAAAUAUAAUUAGCUCGAACUGUACAUACAGAUAAGUCAAUUGCAUCACAGUACUCACUAAUUCGGGAAAAAGGAUCGUUUCAAACACUGAUAAAUGUAUUAAAAGUGUACAUAAGAAAAGUGUAAAUUAUCCGCCCAUUAAUUAUAAAUUAAACUUGCUGAAAUGGUAAUCGUAAGAAUUUCAUGUCUGCUGUAUUUUAGGCGUAAGAACUCUUUACUGUACAUAAGGCAAGUGUGACGCAUUUUUGUAAAUGUGCCAAAUCGUUAUUCCAGUUAUUCCACCGAAUCAACUUGAUUUUUUUACUCGUGUACCUGUAUUAUUUCAUACUCUUUGUUGCCAAAAACGAGGUAGUUCUAGUUGUACCCAGAAAACAUCGAAAUUUUUAUAACCGAUUUUCGACUUGUACAUAACAGUGCAUUCAGUCUUUUCCCAUAGUUUUGAUAAGCUAUAUUGCACAGAAUUUUGUAACUCUACCUACAGGCUGUCACAGUUAUUUGCUGGAUUUAUACAUAACAUAACAUGUACACUGCUCACCAAUGUUAGAUAUAGGAGGAAAAUAAUGUUAUUUUCUCAGUAAUGCUUCAGCCAAAGUUAUAUAAUGCAUUUUAGCUCUAUUUUAAAUACAAAAUUGUACGUAUUCAUGUCAUAUCAAUGUGUAUUAUUUACCAGUUCAAUAAAUUAUGAUUUUUUAAA